CUAGAUCGUCCUCUCUAGUGUUUAUCUUUACACAAUGUUGGCAAUGUUUGACUGAAUCCGCGAGACAACCGAUUUUAUUCAUGCGAUGUUCGAUUCCGCCCCGUCUAACCGGCAAAUGAAAUCCUCUCAAUUGAGAAGUCGGGUAUUUUUGCUGUCAGAGAAAUAUGAAUUAUCUCACUAUUGGUAUUCUUGCGUUUUGGUUGAUUGGGUUUUCAGUAACGUCAAGAAUCUUCAAAAAAUCAAUGAACGUGAACUUCAACUCGGUCUGACUGGGCAGGAUAAAAGCUGGCAUUCAAAGUAUAAGAACUCAGCCUGGAUUUAUUUUGGCGGAGUCAGCUUUGACCUUACUGAAGGCGACCUUCUUUGCGUUUUCUCGCAAUAUGGCGAAAUUGUUAAUAUUAAUCUUGUGCGAGACAAAAAAACUGGGAAAAGUCGCGGUUAUGGAUUUUUAUGCUAUGAGGAUCAGCGAUCAACUAUUCUUUCUGUCGACAAUUUAAAUGGCAUCAAACUCUGUAAUCGGAUAAUCCGUGUAGACCACGUCGAAAAUUAUCGUCCACCAAAAGAGAGUGAAGAAUAUGACGAGCUUACAAAGCUUCUGCAUGAAAAAGGGUGCGCUCCGGAAGUUAUUCAUGAACUUCAGCAGAAUAAAGUUGACGGCAUAAGUGCUGAAGGGAAGACCGCACGCGAAGAUGUCGUUCCUGGAAGGGACGAAAAAGCAGCACAAGAAAAGGCCGAAAAAAAACGACUUCGCAGGGAAAAGAAAUGCACUAAAAAGGUGAGAAAGAAAGAGAAAAAAGCACUGAAAAAGGCCAGAAAGAAACGGAAACGAAUGAAGAAAGCUAAAAACAACGACAAAGAAAAGGAAAAGGACGUAGAUACGGACAAAGAUAAACAUAGCCGCAAAAAGUAUUCGAGCGAUGAGAGCGACGCUAGCGACGACUGCGGCGUGUAUGCAUCUUCAAACAGUUCAUCAUCCGAUAGCGAAGAUAGUUCCCUAGAAGCACAGAAGAGAAGAACCGGCGGCGAUCCGCGAAAGAGCUCUUAUCGCGAGAGUCAUUCAAGGAGUAACCGUCACGAUCAGUCAUCAUCAAGUCAAGGUAGCGCAAGCCGUCGAAGGUAUUCCGACGUGAAGAGCGAUAGUUAUCGAACUUUGCAUUCGGGCCGAAGAUGGUCCCCUGAGUCAAGACAUCGUUCUCGCAGCUCUGAUCGUUACCACGGACGCUCUCGUAGUCGAUAAAGUGAAAGUGUGCAGUGUCACAACGAGCAGUUUGUAUUUCAUACUCGUGUAUAAAAAACGAGCGUCUAUCGUCUUUUUUUCUCUUUCAGUUGCACUUUUUAUUAAGAUACGCAAAAUGAAGGAUACAAAAUAUCCAGAAUAUUAAUAUAAUCAACUUGAUUCAUGUGAAAAGUUUAGUUUGCUUGGCAAGAAAUUACUAGGCAAUUUUACUUCUUUUCGGGUAUGGUUUGGAUCAUAUGCAGAACCUUUUCCUGACCGGAGAAUCUUUCCUGCUUUCCUUUUUAAGAAGCUAACUUAGAUAGUUAAAAUUCAAGGGCUAGAGACAACCAAAGACCCUUCUGGCCCUCUCGCUGAUUGAAUUUUGAGACUUGAUCUUUCGUUGUCACGCGCUUCAUGUCACCCGUAACGGGCAGCAUAUGACCCUUCAACAACUACCCAUUGUGUCUUGUUGCAGAAAAUUAGUAUGGCAUAUUAGAUAGAUCAAUGUUGUUGUAGAUAUGUAGAAAGUGCAUAUUUGUGAGAACGUGUAAAUUAGAACGAUCAUCGGAAAACCAUUAUAACAUCUGUUGUGUACAAUGUAAAAUUUGGGCUUUUUCAAUUGCCCGCGACUGGCAUACGAGAAUGAAAUAAACCACUAAUCACUUGUACAGGACAGAGUGUUUUUUUAUCGUUGUGUGAUUUCGUAUAGAAGCUGAUUUAAAUUUACUAGUCAUACUUUUGCAGAUAAUCAAAAACGUCCAAUUCUCAGUUGAUCAUUGGGAACAGCUGCAAUCAUUUCGUCAUAUACUACUGUUAUAAUAAAAUAUCAAUAAAAUCUAUUUUACUUCUGAACUAUUUCGUAUUACCUAAAUUUCUUCGAUUUUGUAUUCGAAUUGUAUGUAUCGAAAGUAUAUACAGAUUGUGUAUAAGAUUCAUAAAAUACACGAACUUCUGAUCACUCUGCACUCUAAAACUGUUUUGAAAAUAGGACGAUGAACACAGCGAAUGAAUCCGUGUAUCUCUUUAAUGAACGUAGAAUGAGUGUAGCCUUCUCUAAGAGAGAAGAGUCUUCAUUGCACAUUUAUUAUUCUAAGUGUAUCUAUUUUGUGGUAAAGAGACGACUUUCUAUUUCAUUUAGUGGUAGACCAGUCUUCAAUCGAUUUUUUUUUUUAAUGUUACAAACCGGGCAAGAAAAUUAAUGGAACCAAACAAAUGGAUGUAUCAGUACCGUUUAAUAAAGCGGAGAUGACUCGACCAAAAUAAAAAAAAAAUUCCCCUAAAGAAAUUUCUCUAUAGAAUUGGCACAGUAAUGGCGAUGCUAGUAUAAC